AUGAGAGCGCGAGUGGGCGGGACUGAGGGCAGUGUUCUGUUUCCGCUCCCCUCAUUGUGCCCUUUCUCUGCUGGCUUGCUCGUCGACAGGCCCGCUGUUGCCAAAAUGCAGAUCUUUGUGAAAACCCUAACGGGUAAAACUAUCACCCUCGAGGUAGAGCCCAGUGAUACUAUUGAGAAUGUGAAGGCCAAGAUCCAGGAUAAGGAAGGUAUUCCCCCUGACCAGCAGCGUCUGAUCUUUGCUGGCAAGCAGCUGGAAGAUGGACGCACGUUGUCAGACUACAACAUCCAGAAAGAAUCCACCCUGCAUCUGGUCCUGCGUCUGCGGGGAGGCAUCAUUGAGCCUUCCCUUCGUAUGCUGGCUCAGAAGUACAACUGCGACAAAAUGAUCUGCCGCAAGUGCUACGCCCGUCUUCACCCUCGCGCAGUGAACUGCCGCAAGAAGAAGUGCGGACACACCAACAACCUGCGCCCCAAGAAGAAGCUGAAGUAAACUGGAGACCCCGGGGCUACCGGCUCCCACUGUCCACAAAGCGGUUUCAAAUAAAAGGAUUUCAAAAAAGGA